AUAAGCACAAACACCUUGAGAUAGCGUUUAACGGUCGGAAAUUAUAGCCGUUGAAGAAAAAUCAAAUAUUUGUCCAUUAAGUAGAUAUUGCCCAAUUAAAGAGUACUAGUUGCCAUUAAGUAGAUUUCAAAUUAUUGACAAAAUAAAAGACAUACUGGUUAAUCUGAAAUAGUAAUUGAUUUUUUAUACCGGUUAUUAAUUUUUUCCUAUACCUGAAAUCUCAUCAGCAAGCAAAUUUGAUGUCGAGAUGUAGAAACGAAGGGUAAUUUCUGAUUUUGUGCAUUGUCACCACUUUGACCAAAUUAUUACAUAAUUCCAUCUCAUAUACUCCUAUAUGAAUUUUUUUGUGGCAAAAUAUAAGAUCAUUCUUAAUUCGUUCAAAGAACAAAACCCUUUAAUCUCUCUUAAUCUCUUCCAUACAUUUCUAACCAAAUCGCUCUUAUAUACCUAACCUCUCCUUCUUUCAUGGUUCUCUUUUCUCUCGUCCAUGCAAUUCUCAUAUAUAUAUAUAUAUAGGCACUUUUGCCUCCAAUGAUGAGAUUUUCGCAUUCCCUAAACAAAAAUAAAGAAGAAUCUUUGAGUUUGUUGGUGUUGCAUUGAUCGGAUUAAAGAGACAUGGGUCGAGUGAAAUUGGAGAUAAAACGAAUAGAAAACACAACGAAUCGACAAGUUACGUUCUCAAAAAGACGUAAUGGUCUGAUAAAGAAAGCUUAUGAAUUGUCCAUUCUUUGUGACAUCGACAUUGCUCUCCUCAUGUUCUCUCCCUCCGAUCGCCUUAGCCUUUUUUCCGGCAAAACAAGGAUCGAAGACGUUUUCUCAAGAUACAUCAAUCUUUCUGAUCAAGAACGAGAGAAUGCUCUAGUAUUCCCCGAUCAAAGCCGACGCCCAGAUUUCCAGAGCAAAGAGUAUCUACUCCGGACUUUGCAGCAACUCAAGACUGAGAAUGAUAUUGCUCUUCAACUUACAAACCCUACAGCUAUCAACUCCGACGUCGAGGAACUUGAGCAUGAAGUUUAUAAGUUACAACAACAGCUUCACAUGGCAGAGGAAGAACUAAGAAAAUACGAACCAGAUCCAAUCAGGUUUACAACAAUGGAAGAGUACGAAACUUGUGAGAAGCAGCUAAUGGAUACCUUAACACGUGUCAAUCAACGACGGGAACAUAUGUUGAGUCAUGAUCACUUAUCUUCAUACGAAGCAUCUGCUAUACAACAACAGCAAAACAUGGGUGGACCUUUUGUAAACGACGUCGUUGGGGGAUGGCUGACUGAAAAUGGGCCUAACCAAGCCCAUUUAUUCGACGCAUCAGCCCAUUCAGCAAUGUAUGAAACGUUGUUGCAAGGAAGUAGCUCAAGCUCGAACCAAAACAACAUUAUGGGUGAAUCCAAUGUGUCAAAUCAUAACGGUGACAUGUUCCAAGAAUGGGCCCAGGCAUAUAAUUCUACUACGGCCCAUAAUCCGACAACCCUAUUUCCUCCUAUGCAGCAUCAGCACGGAUUGGUUGAUCCCAAUAUGGAAGAAAUUGAAAUCCCGGUUAUGAAGAAGGAGGCACAAGCAGACCAGGAGGUCUCCGACUAUGAUAUAAGAAUGCCUCAGCUCAGUAGCCAAUAAUCUCAAGGAAUUUCAAUUUUACCUUAUCAUAAAAAUUUAUACGUUUUUUUAAAAAAUUUUAUGAACAUUUACAAUAUUUAUACGGUUUUAUUUAUUUAUGAUAAGAUAUUACUAUACAUUUAUAUAAAACACAAUUUCCACCCUUAAGGCCUUAA